ACCAUCUUCUCCUCAGUGCGUUCACACAUCACACCCUGAAACAAGAAAAAGAAAAGCAGGUGAUUCAAUUUCCUCUCCUUCAAGACUCCAUAGCCCUUUUUCUUCUUCUUCCACUUUUCAUCAUCUUCUUCUUCUUCUUCAUCCAUGGAAAGCGGUACUGCUCAGUGGCCACAGGGGAUUGGUGUGGUUAAAACAAUGUCCACCGAAAGUACAUGUUCAAGAUCACCGCCAUUGUUGGACAGAAAAACUUGCAGGCCUCUAAAAGAUCAAGCCUUGAACUGUCCUCGCUGCAGUUCAAACAACACCAAAUUUUGUUACUAUAACAAUUACAGCCUUUCUCAGCCUCGCUACUUCUGCAAAACUUGCAGAAGGUAUUGGACUGAAGGUGGUUCCCUCAGAAAUGUUCCCGUAGGAGGAGGUUCAAGGAAGACGAAAAGAUCGUCGUCGUCGUCUCCAUCAACACCAUUAUCAUCAUCAACAAAGCUUAACAGUACUACUACUACUACCCAUCAGAACCCUAAUAAGAUUCAUGGAAGUCAAGAGCUCAACCUAGCUUACCCUCCUCCCGAUCAUCAUGAUUACUCCACGUUUGUUGAUGAUCAUCAUCUUCAUCAAAACCCUACUAAUUCUUCACCCAUGGAGCUCUUCAAGACUGAGAUAAUCACUUCAAGGAAUCUGAGUUCAUUCAUGGCGAUCCCCACUACUACUACUACUACAUCUUCUUCUCCUCAUCAUGAUUCAGUUUAUUCAAGUGGGUUAACGUUGCAGGAACUGAAUAAGCCGACAUUGAGCUUUUCUCUUGAUGGGUUGGAGGGUUGUCUGCAAUUACAAGGUGGUGGUGUGCAAGAGAGUGGUGCAAGAUUGUUGUUCCCCAUGGAUCAAGGCACAAAGCAGGCUGAUCCGAUUCAGAUUCAGUUUGAGAAUAAUCAUAAUAAUAGAGGAGACGAUGAUGGUAGUACUGGUGGGUUUUGGGGCAGUGGCAUGUUGGGUGGAGGAGGAGGAGGAGGAUCAUGGUAACCAUGGAGUAAAACCUAAUUAGUAAUUAAUUAAGUCGGAAUGAAUUAUGUUUCUUCUUCUUCUUUUUCCUUUAAUAAUUAUUUAACAUGAUGGAUUAACUUAAUUAUUUGCAGUUUUGAUUAAUGAAGCGCUAACUAAGGUAAUUUAAUAGGUU